AUGUUUGGCGAGAAAGCUGUCGAGUUGAUUCGAGAACUCAAACGGAUGAAUGAGGGACAACUACCAGCCUUUAACGAGGACGGCGUCCGGCAGGUUCUGCAGGAGAUGGAGGCGCUUUACGAACACAACCAGGCUGACGUGAACGACGCUAAAAGCCAGCAGAGAACCGACUUGAUCCCGUCCGUCAGAUUCCGCCACUGCUGCCUGCUGAGGAACCGACGCUGCGUCUGCACCUACCUGUACGACCGUCUUCUUCGGAUCCGAGCGCUGCGCUGGGAAUACGGCAGCGUUCUCCCCGCCAACGUGCGCUUCCACAUGAGCGCCGAGGAGUUGCAGUGGUUCGCACGCUACAAAAAGUCUCUCGCGGGCUAUAUGCGUUCACUGGGCGCGAGCGGCGGACUGGACAUCACCCAGGAGAUGAAACCGCCCAAAAGUCUUUAUGUACAGGUGCGUUGCGUGAAGGACCACGGCGAGCUGGAGAUGGACGACGGAACGUUGGUCCUCCUCAAGAAAAACAGCCAGCACUUCUUGCCGCGCUGGGAAUGCGAGCAGCUGAUCCGACAAGGCGUCCUGGAACACGUCGUCCCCUAA